AUGAGCUUGCUCAUAUACCGGCAAGCCGCCGGCGCCACGGACAGCAGUAGCAACAACACCACUGCAGCUGGGACCUUGUCCGUCGGCGCGAUCGCCGGCAUAGCCAUCGCCGGCGCGAUCGUGCUCUUCAUUGGCCUGGCUCCCUUGCUGGUGUGGCUCGCCAGGUUGCAGGACCGUCACCAAGGCAGAACCCAAGACUUGCAGGUCGAAGACCUCGGGUUGCGGCCGCCGACAAAGAGGGCGACUGGUUUAAGCUAUCUCGAAGCACCGCCAACGGGCGAGUCAGAUGGCAGCGAGGGGCCCUCGGCCGAGGACGGAGGCGUCGGGAGCAAGCGGUCCAGCCAACAGCAGCAGAAACGGCUGCGCAAGAAGACGAGCAGCAAUACGAGCGAAACAACAUUGUUUGUCGAGGGCGGCGAGAAGGACGCAGCCUCCCACCACCGGGACUCUGGAGGGCAGAGGAAGAGUGACAAUGGGAGUGGUGUCGGCGGCGAUGUAUCAAUCAUCAGCCCCUUUCUCGCACGGCCGUACGAGUCCGCUAUCCAGUAUGAGCAGCGAGUGUUGUACGACGACGAGAAGGAGGACGACGUUGUCGCCAACAUGGUCAGGCUGUCGAACACGAGCCAGAAGAGAUCAUGGACCGGCGAGGACCAGAACGCCAGCGGGAGCAAUAGAUUGAGCGCUCUUGCUCUGAUCAAGUACGCAGGCAACAGCGAUGACGGCUAUAAUCAGUACAGCUCCAACGACAGCCGCACAGUGGCGACAGCCACGGCCGAGUCCGCAAGCGCCCACAUCAACACGACAGGCAGCAGGACGGUCCGCAGCUGGUUUCCUCAAACGCUCGGCAAGUCGCUCAGCCGGAAGCUCUCGUUUGGCGGGAGGAGUGUGGAGGAGAUUGUCGGCAACCCAAGAGUACUCAACAACGCCGGCAGCCAACGCAGUGCCGACGGCCAUGACGAGGAGAUCAGUGUCCACGACACUCCCCGGUCUACACCCGUCAUUGUCCACAACGGCGCCGACGGGGGCGACUACAUACACUCGUGGCAGGCUGGCACCGGCGCCGCGAACGCUCCGCCUGUGAUCCCCAGAGCACCCGCGUCCGUGAUUCACAACCCGCGCCAGCGUCUAACAUUGACGGCCGAGCCUUCUCACAAGCAGCAGAAGCUGUUGCUGCAGCAGCAACAACAGCAGAUGCAACAGCAGCAGCUCCUCCUGCUUCAUCAGCAGCAGCAGCAGCAGCAGAUGGCACAGCAGCAACAGCAGCAACAGCAGCAGCAGGAGCAGCAGGCACAAUCACCGCCCAAGAGGCCUGCGCGCUUCCGACAGAGCGCUACAGACUCGGAACUGACCGAGAUCCUGCGCAUGACCGCAGAACGCCUCGAGGAUCGGAGCCGUAGCGAGCGUCGCCAGCUUGUCGUCAACUCUGCCGCUGACAUUGCGGGCAGCGAGGACCUGAGAAACUCGAAGGAAGCCAGGAGGAGCAAGAGCCCCGGCAGGGUUUCCUCCAACAAGAGCAGCGCCAGGGAGACGAUGCUCUCAUCUGACACGACAGGCGACAAUAUCAACCUCAUCAUUCCCGCGCAGAGCGCCAACGCGAGCCUCGCCCCGAGCCCGGCGCAGAACACGCCUCUGCACCGCAGGCGCAUCUCGCACGUGUCCUUUGCGUCGAUGAUCUCGGAGCCUGAUAGCCUGGUGCCGGGUGACAACAAUCGGCCACUCUCGCAGACCGAGCCUUACUUGGCAAGCCAUCAGACACCCCUAUCUAGUCCAAGCCGGUACAAGAACCUGGCAGCAGAACAGCAGCAGCAGGCACAGGAGCGAGGUAGCCAAAUGCAGCAAAACUCACAGCAGAGGCAGCAUGGUACUGCAGUCGGCGGCAGCCACCGCCCCUUCUCACUCGCGAGCACCGAGUCAAGCGCCCUCUCAACAUUGUACAGUGAGGACGAGCCGGGGUCUGCACGUGCGAGCCCACAGAAUGUCGCAAGUCGAAGACAGCGUAACAGUCGCAAUGGUGUCGUCGGUAUUCCCCAGGGCUUACACCGCACCGACUCUCAGAGAAAGGCAUUGGCCGAAGUCCUGCGCCGAAGCCGUGACUUUGACGCCGAGAACGCAAACGACCUCAGCAUGUCUCCAGCCCCCUUGCGCUUGCGCAGCAGCACUCUUGUUGAUGGAACUCCUGCUGCUGAUGGAGCGGAUGGCAACACUGAUUAUUCUCCCUCGAUGAGGGACUUCCAGAUGAUUGACACUGAGACGCACACGAUACGAAGCAUUGUCGAUGGAGAAGGCAGCGAAAGUAAUAGUGCCAGGUACACCCUGAGUUUUGCCACGAUGCCCUCUCACAGCGUACAGACACCCCGAGCCACCAUCGAGCACGAUGAUGAUGAUCCUUUUGUAUCGGCUACACCCCAGCACAAUGCAAGAUUGUCGCAAUUGUUCUCGCCGCUGCCCAAAGACGGUCCCCGCCCAACUGCCAUGAACUCGGCAAGCGCAGCCAUCAAGGGUAGAUACUCUGGGGGCGUCUUGACCACUCCAAGUAGCACAAGCACUAAGCCGAAGCGCGGUGCUGAGACAGCUUCGACCAUGGAUGAAAACAGCCGGGCAACAUCGCCCAGCAAGAGGCUGACAAUCUACCUCACAAAGGCCACGCCAGAGGCAGAAACGCCGACACCCAUGCCAAUGCGCACGCCUCAGCGGCAUCAGCAGCGUCAGAUGCAGGGACUCGACGGCUCUCCCACAUUGGGACCUCUCGAUCUGACUUAUGAAACACCGGGAGCAUACUCCGAGACGCGGUUGAGCUCGCUGUACGAUAGCUACCACUACUCAGACCGCUCCGAGUACAAGUCGGCGGGGGCGCGGACGUAUGGCGACCACAACAAUGCUCAGCAGAGCACGACGACACUGGCGACGACACCAACGAGUACCGACUUCUCGUCGCUUCGCGAGGUGUCGAGAUAUAGACGUGACAAGAUGAAGGACCUUGACGGCGACAAUACCGAUGGUGGUGGCACAGACAGCGACGCCACCAUCGAGCGUAUCGUUGAAGACGUGCUGCUGCCGAGUCGGGCCAAGAACUAUCACGACGAGCCAUACAAGGCGAUCUCCUCCUCCUCAGCCACGCCUUCAGGGGCUGAUAGGCGCUCAAGGGACAGCUCGUUCCGGCAGAGCAAGGAUCUGGAGGGCGAUGAUGGCACGCAUGGUGAGCAAGAUACGCUCAGACGCUUGUCGACCUUUGAGGGAGACGCCAAGAAAAUGAACUCGAUGCGAGUGACGCAGGCCAUUGCCGAGCUGCGGCGCAUGAACAGCCAGGUCAGCUCGGCGAGCGGACACACCGCGUCCAUCAGCGAUGCAGAAGGCAUCCACGGUAGUGCUCAUGGUGAUGGAGACGACUUCGACAGCCCGACACUGCCACAGCUUCGCGGCGGCGGCUUCAGCCCCGGCAAGCGAGGUUCGUCCAUCCUCGGCAGGCGCAAUUACCUCGCGAUCGGAAGCAACACGAGUAGCAACAGAACCAGCUAUGCGAGUGCCGAAGGUCCGACCGGUAGUGAGAAGGGCGAUGCUGCCCGAAAUUCGAGCCCGCGCCGAAGAAACAACCAGCACAGAACCCCAGCCGAGCGCAGGGCUGCGUGGAGGCGCACCAUGGCGGACCCGAGCACAGCUGGCAGUACCAGCACGGAGCCGUGGGCUGUUGAGGAAAAGAGCACCGACCACGAUCAGUGGCUAAGUCGCCAGGCCCUAGCUGAGACAUUGGCAAGACGGAGUGGUGAAAUAUGA